AUGUCCCGCAGGCCCAAUGCCAACAUCACCGCGACCGCGCCCGUUCCCCGCAACGGCCCCGCGCCCACGCCGCGCACGCACGCACUCUCGCCCCCUCAGUCGCGGCGGCAGAGCAUGUACAACGGCAUCGGCGAGGGGACGACCAUCCAGCUCCACUGGCUCUUCCGUUCCAACAUCCCCCGCCGCCGCGGCAUGCCCCUGCCCAACGACGUCCGCAAGCGCAACUUCUUUGGCCUGGGGGAGAUUAUCGGCGUCCUCGCCAACCCGUCCGAGACGCUCCGCUCGCUGACGGAGUCGAAAAAGAUGCUCGAGGAUACGAGGAGGGAGCUCGCGGAGGCACGGGAGCGGGCGCAGCUCACUCCGACGCAUACGUUCUCUGCUUUGCCUGGCUUCUUCGAGCGGCCGGCGGAGCUGAGGGCGAUUGUACGUGCGCUGGAAGGGGAGCCGAGCUUCACGGUCCUCUUUGGUGCCAGCAGCGUAGGCAAGACGGCUCUGCUUCGUCAAGUGCUGACGCAGAAAAACUACCACGUCCUACACUUCGACUUGCGCAUAGCAGGCUUUGCGGACCUGGGGAGUCUAUACAUGAGUCUCAGCCAACAGAUGGAAGGCUUCUUCAUGGGCAUAGCACGCGACCAGGAUAUGCCGGGCUACGAAGCGUUCGAAAAGGAAGCGUGGGGAUUCAAGCACGACAGACUGAACGUAGAGCGUCGCCUCUCGAAUGCGGGGCAGUCGACGGAAGCCUUGAGCUCGCCCUUGGGGGAGAUCAAGACAAGCGAUAUUGCGCGUCUCAUGGAGCUGUUCCAAAGCUCGCUCCUCCGGUAUUGGAACUUCCUGCCCUCCCAAGAGGCGCUGAAGGCCAAGAAAGACGCGGAGUCCAACUCCGGGAAGGAGAACAAGAAGCAGCAACAGGACCGCCCCUCCUGGACGAAACGCAUGUUCUCGGUGCGCAGGAAGCAAGCCGAAAAGGCUGGGCGCGAGAACGGCGAGGCGCGUCAAAAAGAGGGCGGGAAGGACAAGGAAAAACUGGAAGCUCCCCCGAAGAAGAUACCUGUCUUUUUCAUCGACGAGGCGCAUAAGCUGCCUGCACUCAUUCGCUCGAUCGAUGCGAUGAAGUGCCUUCUUGACGCGAUGCUCGUGCUCACGAAGCAGGACAGGCUUUGUCACGUAAUACACGCGACGAGCGACCCGUUCUACCAGACGUGGCUGCGGCAGUUGAACGUCAUGCAGCAUUGCAAGAUCAUUACGAUUGGCGACUACCCCAAGGCGGAGACGCGGAAGUUCUUCCGUGAGCGAAUCCUCCCCAGCGUCCAUGAACGCCUGCGUCCGGGCCUUGACUUUGAGAAGCUGUACGAGGCGUUUGGGGGCAAGCUUGCCCACUGGCAAGAUUACAUCACAGAUUAUGUGAACUCGAACGGGAAGCUCGACAUCAAACAGUCUUCACACUUCAUCCAAGCACAUGCCCUCCUGAACCUUCACAUCAUUCAUUCGGCACAGGCUUCCACCAACGGCCAAGUCCCAGAAGGGAACGGCGCCGCAAGCCCUGCGAACGAGCACGCGUCCACGCAUGCGAUCCACCGCCUGUCCCCACCAGCCUCCGGCAUGCUCGGCGGCGGGUCCGGGUUCCGGAUCUACAGCCCGCUCAUGGCGAACCCGCACCAGUCCCCGCCCACGCUGUUCCCGCACGGACACGGACGCGAAUGGAGCGGGGAGGACGCGCCCGAGUUCCAGGCGGACUUCUCCGCGUACCAGCUCCUGCGUGUGAUGAACAGGCUCGCGCAGCCGCGCACGCGCUCGCUGCCGUACUUCCUGCUCUGCCGCGAGAUGGGGGCGCGGGCGAUCGAUGGGAUGGUCAAGGGACGGAUCCUGGACCUGCGUUGGACGGAGCCGGUGUCGAGGGAGUUCGUGGACCCGUUCGGCAGGAUGAGCAUGCGCGUGCGCGAGAGCGUUCGGGUGCAGCUCGGGCGGGGGGCGCCCGGCGGGGAUAGCUCUGUGACGGCGAUCAACGAACCCAUGGAGCGAGAGCCUGGCGCGGCGGGGCAGACGGGGAUGGGAAUGGGGACGGGAACAACGGAGGGCCUCGGGGCGGAGGGCGUGUACGGGAGCGAGGAGGACAUGGUGCCGAUGACGGACGAGGAGGUGCUGCGGGCGCACGAGCGGCUGAUGGACGGCGCGCCGCUGGCGGGGGAGGAGGAGGAGGAGGUGCUGGGGCCGAAGCUGGUGCCUAUCUCGCCGAUCAUGCGGUAUGCGAUGCAGGAGGUCGUGCAGGAGUACUACGCGGACGACGACAGGACGGAGAGCGAGUAUGCGUCGUUGGCGGACGAGGAUAUCCAGGAGUACUGA